ACCGGCCCCGGCGGGGCAUCCUCCCGGUGCGCCUCGGGAGCGCACGGCCAAGCCCCGCCGCCGGCCCGGGCCCGAGCGAUCCCGAGCACCCCCUCCUCGGGCCGGCAGCAUGCCCCGCGGGCAAGCCUGGACGCAGGCGGAGGUCAGGAGCCUCCUGUCGCGGGUGGAGGGCACGGGGGAGGCCGCGCUGCUCAUGGCCUCCACGUCGCGUCCCAACGAGACGCUCUGGCGGGAGAUCUCCUGGGGUCUGUCGGAGGCCGGCUACGAGCGCACCGUAGCCCAGUGCCGCUCCAAGUGGAAGGCGCUCAAGCAGGCUUUCCACUCGGAGCGGGAGACGUGCCGGAGGACAGGACAGCACUCGCCCCGGCUGCCGCCACACUACCGAGCCAUGAAGGCUAUCUGGAAGGCGGCCGGGCGGCCCGUGUUUGGUGAUCGGAGGCUGCCAGGCAUGGUGAACCUGUCCUCCAGAAGGCGCAGGUCAGGCCUUGCCACACGCCCUCCAUCCUCACCAGAGACACCAGAGCACAACGUUGGCGGGGACACCUCCAGCACACUGCUUUCACCCGUGCUGCAGCGUGCAAAGGACGAGCCAGAGAGUUCAGCUGGUGAGGAACACAUUGCUGGAGUGCCACUUACACCCACUGCCAUGCCACAUGCUGGUUGCUGCUUCUCUCCCCGCUCCCUUGUGGGUUUUCCUGGUGAGACGUCCCUGGGGAUGGGAAGAAGAAACCAAGUGCUGCCAUUGGCUGCUGCAGCCACAGGCUCCCACGAGACAUCAGCCAUGAGUGGACUGCCAGCAGCAGGUGAAGAUGCAUCAGACACAAGCCUGCAUGGGUCAGGCAUGGCAGGCUUGCUCCAGAAUGUGCAGCAACUGCUGGUGCAGAUCCUGCAGACAUCACGGCAGCAGCAGGCACUACUGGAGAGUCUGGCCAGUGACACAGUCUCCCACCUCCACCAUAUCUCCCACAGCCUUGUGCAGGUGGGCGAGACCCUGCACCAACUCCUGCUCCGACCACAUCCUGGCCCCAUUGGCCACUAUGUCCCCCACAUGCCCCUUUUUGAGGGUGGCUCUUGCUCCUGUGGUGCUCCUCACACUUUCCUGGACCACAAAGAGGAGCCUCAGCUGUCCUGUGAUGCCAGGUGCAUCCCACCCUGAGUGCCACCAUCACUGGCCCCAGGAUUUGGUACAGAGCUUAGCACAAAUCUUUAUGUCAGAGGUUCCAGAUAUUUUGAAAGUUUAUACUAGAGAGACAUUUUGAUGAAAUUAAAAAUAGCUUUUCUACCAGUGA